UCUGAAGGAGCUUUCGAGACAACAGAUGGAAAAGUUUACUUCACUGACCAACAGUUCAUUAUAGAACAUCUCAUUGACUUAGAGUCGAAAUAUUCUAAACUUUACAACAAACACAAAAAGUUGAAAGGAAAACAAAAACAAAUGGCAUAUGAUAUUUAUGAAGAUGUUGACGACACAACUGUUCCUGCAAGUGAAGUAAAGUCAGAGAAACCGAAAAGUGACGAAAAACCGAUAGAAGAAGAAAAACCAAAAACUGAAGAUAAACCAAAACCAAAGUUUAGUUUGGAAACUAAACCAAGUCAACCUUCAUUAGCUGGUAUGGGUUGGCGUCAAAGACUUAUGGCAGCAGGCGGUUAUGUAAAGUAA